GUCAUUCGCUGUUCGCAUGCCGACUGAGAGGUUAGACCGCACGCGUCUAGCGGCCCGGCGCGUCGCCUCUGUGUUGUUGACGUUCAAACGCGGCGUGUGGUGAGAAGUCAUGUCGGUUCGCUGUUCACCAACUGUUCCACCUGCCUCAGCCCCUUGCUGGCGGCGGUGGCGGCUUCUGGCAUUGCUCGACGGCGGCGGUGUGCAAUGGCACAUAGCGAAGCUCCGCGCGCUGCGAGAGCAGAUGCACGAAGAGGACCUCGUCUGCCCGAUGCUGUGGAUACCCAAGGGCGUUUGCGAAGACAUUUGCCCCAACAAACUUUUGGACUUGCUGAAUUUCGCUCCAAAUGACUGGGACAGCAUCACCUGUGCGCUGGUCAUUAUUUCCAGGGGCGUGCUGCUCGGCGAGAAGAGCUACGCGGACAUGCAGGUGGCGCUGCAGGAGUGCCGCGCCGCCAUGACGUGGCCCAAGGACAGCGAGCCGCAGUGCCGGCUGCUGGUCCGCUACCACGCGGCCAUGGCGCACGUCGUGGACGCCACCUGGAUCAUGGCGGCGUGCCUCCACUUUGGGCUGCCUGUCCGGACCGUCCUCGACUCCAUGCGCUUGACGCACAGGUUCGUGCCCAGGGUGAGCGCGCUCAGAGUCCAGGACCAGGCCGCCGUCGCGGCCGUCAGGUCGCUGACCCUCCAGAUCGUCCACUACACUCUGUGGCCGUCGCUCAUGGACGAGCGCAAGCCCGUGUUCAAGGAGGCCUUGGAGUCGGCCACGUGCGCGAUGGCCCUCGCCCCCGAGGAGGGCGUGUGGCUGACCCUGUACGCGCGGUGCCUGCCGUGGACCGACACCAGGAAGAGCAUCCUGCUGCAGGCCGGGUUCAACCUCCACAAGACCCCCUUCACUGUCAUCGAGUACGCGAGCUACCUGUCCCACUCCGGCUACGCAGAGGCUGUGGAUGAGGCGGCCAAGCUUUGCGAGAUGGCCAUCCGCCUGUGGCCCGACUCUGUCUUCGUGAACUCGAACUACGUGACCCUGUUCCUCAACUCUAACUGCCGCGCCAAGCUGAGCCUCGCCACGGCCGACGAGUGCUUGCGCCGCGCGAGGAACCUGGCGCCCGACAGCCCCAUGCUGGCGGGCCACCGGUGGAACCUGCGCGACGUGCACCGCGCCGGCGGCCAGCUGUCGCCCAUCCUGGAGGAGGGCGAGGACGUCCUGGCCGACGUCGGCUGCUGGAGCCCCGAGAAGGAGCAGCGGCUGUUGGCCAUCGCGGCGUGCCUCUACCCCACGGCCUUGCUGCAGCUGCAGCACCUGAGCCGCCCAGUGCAGGCGCAGCAGCCAGGGCCUGCAGCCUCGGUGGAGCAGCACCCCGACGAGGCGGCUGCCAAGGGGCCGGACACACUGUGGUCUCCGAAGAUCAAGAAGAAGUUUGCUGACCCUGCAGGCCGCUCACCACCCCCUUCUCCUUCGCCCGAUCUUUCCAAACCCUGUCCCACUGCUUUGAAUGUUCCUCCACCCGAUUCUGAACCUGAUCCUUCUCCUUUCCCUUCAGCCACUGCCGAGCAUGACCCUUCUGAACAUACCUCUACCCCUCAUCUUCCACCCCUUCGCCUGUCUCUAUCCUAACCCCUUCCCCCUCCCCCACCCCUCCCUCUUCUCCCUCCCCUGCUCCCUCCCCUCCCCCCGCUCCCACCCCUCCCCCUUCCCCCACCCCUCCCCCUUCCCCCACCCCUUCCCCCACCCCUCCCCCUUCUCCCUCCCCUCCCUCUCCUCCCCCUGCUCGCCUUCCAGGCAAGCCCUUGCGCAUGAGGACUCCCCCGAUUUCUGGACCGCUCCGCAGGCCUCGUACUCCAGUGACGAGAUUUGAGGAGGCGCCUUCUAGACUUUCCACGCCGGUGACGUCAGUCUCUGCCGCCACAGAGACAUCGGCGGCACCCCCGUGCCCCCCGCCGUGCGUACCGCCGCCGCCAGAGUUCCGCGACGCACCACCACCUGUCGCAGAGCCCGUGGCGGCCGCCCCGUCACCAUCGGCGCCUUCUAGACGAAGGGGCUUCCCCGCCCAGUCUCCACCGCCAGAGGCGUUCGCGCGGACCAAGAUUGUGUCCCCUGUGACGGCGCGGUCUGCUGCCCCCGUCAAGCCACCUGUGCCUGAGCCUUCUACGCAACAGUGCUUGCCAGCUGAGCCCUUGAUGCGGUGUGCCACCGAGGAGCGGGAUUUGCGAGCCGCUGUGACUGAGCCAUCUGCGCAGCAGGACUUGCGAGCCGCUGUGACUGAGCCAUCUGUGGUGGAGGCAGCCGCUCCCUUAGUGCAGUGUGCCCCGGCGGUGCAGGACUUGCGUGCCCCUGAGCCAUCUGCGCUGCAGGACUUGCGA